AUGUCUGAACCAAGCAAAGUUAACGCUAACCUUAACUACUACUCUGGCACUGCUAAAGAACAAGUUGGUAACCUAACUGGCAAUGAACAGCUCAAAGCUGAAGGAAUAGCAGCCCAAGAGCUUGGUAGUUCUGAACAUGAAGCAGCCGUCAAAACCAGUAACGCUCCUUCAAAAGUUACUGGAAAUUAUAAUGCUACAGUUGGAACUGUAAAAGAAAUGGUCGGAUCUACUCUCGGGUAUACUGAUCUUGAAAAGUCUGGUGCCGAACAACGUCGUGAUGGUAAUGCUGAACUAGAAGCAGCAAAAGCUUCUGAUUACGUAUCAGGUGCUGGUGAUAAAGUUAAAGGCAUCAUUAAAGAAAAUGUUGGUGGUGCUGUUAAAGACGAACAAAUGGAAGCUCAGGGUUAUGCUACAAGAGUAAAGGGAGAAGAACAAAUGAAAAGAAAUCAAUAA